AUGUCUAGAGAUUCCGGAGGAAGCCAGGCCGAUCUCCUCCCUAUGCCCCGCGGCCCUACUGGCACCGACCCUCCUGGCGCUGCUAAGUCGACGCCUGUGGCAUCAAUACCCUGGUACCGAUCAUUCGCUACCCGGGCCUCCCUCCUCCUGGUCACAUCGAUAAUGAUAGCUAUACUACUCUACCUCGCCUCGAGCUCGAUAGACUCGGCGCGGUCAAGAUUCGGUCUGGUCGUCGUGGAGUUACCGCCGAGCUCGUACAAGCUAGCACAGGCAGCGCUCCCUGCCGAGCAGUCCGACGAAGAGGCUCUGCGGAAACGAGCAACUGGGACGUCGCUCACUAUUGACCCUUGGGACUGGUGCAUCGCCGCUAGCGCCAGUACAGCUGUCAUCCUUAGUCCCGCCAACUUUCCCCCAUUCCUCCUCCGCAUGCUCUUCACUCAUAUCCUAGCUUCCAUCGGCAGUCUUGGAGCGCUGAUCAUGAUCGGCUUGUAUUUGUGGCGCUUCCGCUCGUGUACCGAUGGAUCUGUUCGGCCCGGUUGGCUGCAGUACGGCCCAGCCUUAGCGACCGCCAUACUUUCCACGAUCUCUUGGGCCGCAGACUUGUAUCUCGUUCACAGCAUAAACGACCACAUCCCCUCUUCUCCAGCCGCAUCUGCAUCAGGACUCCGCCUGACUGGAAUAGCAGCGGCGGUCGCCUGGCUCCUGGUGCUCGUUUGGGGCGGACCCGCCCUCAUUCGAGGCAUCCGAUCGCACUUCCAACAACAGCGGCAGUACGCCAAUUCGUACCUCGUGGGACAUGGUCGAGGGGACAUCGAAGCAGGAGAGCUGGAUCAUGAUUUGCCUGAGGAGAAGACGGUGCAGGAGGAGAUCAGAGGACAAGAGGCGGCGAGAUCAUGA